AUGCAGAUACCGAACAGACCAGUAGGAGCUUACGGAUACCCCAUGCGUAAUUACGCACCAGCGUCGCUGUACCCGCAGUACCAAGGGAGCCAGUGCGCGUCGACAACGAAGCCUCCCAGUGGAAAAUCUUUUACCAUCGAUGCUUUGCUCGCCAAGCCGGAGGACACAAGCAGCUGCAGGGCGAGUCCUCCUCACUGCGGGGAGAAAUAUCAACCAGCAGUCCCAAUGGUGCCUCUUACCGGACACGUAGGCUUACCUUACGGCUACUCUCCAAACAUGUUGCACUCAGCGCUUCACACACAGCCCGGAUAUUCAGUCUACUGCUGCCCGCCUUUCACCUACCAGUCAUCCUGUCGUGGAGCAUUUUACGCACAAGCUUCCAUGUCCAAAGUCAACGCAGGGCUGCAUUCAUUCAAAACCAAAGGUGGGAAGUCGAAACGGAUGCGCACCAGCUUCACCAGCGAGCAGCUCUCCCGGUUGGAGAAGGAGUUUGCACGGCAGCAGUACAUGGUGGGAUCAGAGAGGUUCCUCCUGGCCUCUGCUCUGCAGCUAACAGAAGCUCAGGUCAAAGUCUGGUUCCAGAACAGACGCAUCAAGUGGCGCAAACAGAGCCUGGAGCAGCAGCAGGCCAAACUGGCCAAACUGGGCCUGGCUGCCCCACCUAAAAGCCCCGGAUCUCAAGGCCACGGAGAUGAAGGAGACGAGGAUGAGGAGUUCUCAGACCUGGAUGUGGAUAUUGACGUGUCUGAUGACUCCGCUGAUAACUGCUGACCCCUGGACUCUUAAAGAGACAAAAAGACUUUUUGUACAUACUGCUGAGAAAGGGUGCCUGUGUCUCCAACUAUGAAUAUUUAAUAGAUGUAUAGUUAUAUAUUUAAUGUUGUUGCUCUUUGAUACGU